AUGGACCAAACAUUCAUCGCCAAAGGCCUUCCCAUCGCCUUCCACGGCACCGUCAUCCACUCCCUCUCCCCAACCGACCUCCAGAUCCUCCCGAACACCUUCCUCCUCAUCGACACUGCAGGCAAAAUCCAAGCCCUAGUCCCCAACACCGCCCCAGAGACCAUCAACACCCUCGUCGCAGAAAACGGCUACGCCCCAGACGUCUUCCCCGUCAAACACCUCCCCAGAACCUCUUUCCUCAUCCCCGGCUUCAUCGACACCCACCACCACGCCCCGCAAUGGGCCCAGCGCGGCGUCGGCCGCGGCCGCUCCCUCCUCGACUGGCUGGAGAACAUCACCUUCGCGCACGAGGCCAAGUUCGCUGAUCCCGCAUACGCAGAGAAGAUGUACGGCGCCGUCGUCGACGGCCUCCUCAACCAGGGCAUUACGACGGCAGCCUACUACGCCUCCAAACACUUGGAUGCGACGAAAAUCCUCGCGCGCAUCUGCGCCACGCGCGGCCAGCGCGCCCUCGUCGGUCGGUGUAACAUGAACCGGCACGCGCCGGACUGGUACCGCGACGCGGACGCGGAGGUCUCCGUCGCCGAGACGGCGGAGUUUAUCGCCUGGAUGCGUGGGUUGGAUGUGGGCGGGGGCGACGGCGACGGCGACGGCGAGGCCGAGAACGCGCUCGUGAAGCCGGUUAUCACGCCGCGGUUUGCGAUCUCGUGUGACGAGACGGUGCUCGCGGGGCUGGGGGAGCUGGCGCGGCAGAACCCCGAUUUGCCGAUCCAGACGCAUUUCAACGAGGCGGAGCAGGAGAUCGAGUUCACGCGCCAGCUGUUUCCCGGUUUCAAGCACGAGGCGGAGCUGUAUCAGCGAUUUGGGCUGCUGGGGGAGCGGUCGAUCCUGGCGCACUGUAUUUUCCUGCAGGAGGAGGAGAUGGAGGUUUUGAAGAGCGCGGGCUGUGGUGUGGCGCACUGUCCCAUCUCGAAUACGACUAUGCAGGCGUUUAUGGUUGCGCCGGUGCGCGAGUACCUGCGUCGGGGCAUCAAGGUCGGGCUGGGCACAGAUAGUGGCGGUGGACACUCGGUGUCGAUGCUGGAGGUCAUGAAGCAGGCGUUUGUGGUCUCGACGGCGCGGGCGACGGAGACGCGCGGCGCGGACCCGGCGUUGGGGCUGAAUGAGUGUUUCUUCCUGGCGACGCUGGGGGGCGCGCAGGUGUGUGGGUUGGAGGAUAAGGUGGGAAGUUUCGCGGUGGGCAAGGAGUUUGACGCGUUGGAGAUUGUUGCUGAGGGAGGUGUCAUGACGCCUGUGGAGGAUGAUGAUUCGAUCGAGAUUGUGCUGGAGAAGUUUCUCAUGACGGGGGAUGAUCGCAAUAUUGCCAAGGUGUAUGUUCGGGGACGGGCUGUUAAAGUAUAA